CCGCAGGCGCAGCGGGGCGCGCGGCGGCGGCGGCGGGAGGCGCUGCCGCCAUGGCGGAGGCCGAGGGGCUGCUCUCCGUGGACUACGAGGUGUUCGGCAGGGUGCAGGGCGUUUUCUUCCGCAAGUACACCCAGGGGGAGGCGAAGAGGCUGGGUCUCGUCGGCUGGGUCCAAAACACCAGCCAUGGCACCGUGCAAGGGCAGAUGCAGGGCCCUGCAGACAGGGUGCGGGAGCUGCAGGAAUGGCUCCAGAAGGUGGGAAGUCCCCAGUCCCGCAUCAGCCGAGCUGAGUUCACUAAUGAGAAGAAGAUCGUGGCGCUGGAGCACAUGGACUUCCAGAUUUUGAAGUGAUUUUGCCCAGGAAGAAGCAGAAGCUGGAGCAUGAGCUGCCCUCGUGGGACGUUCCCCCUCUCACCCAUCCAUUCAUCCAGGAUUUGGCUCUGGAGGGACUUUAUUUGGUUAUAUUAUCGUUCUAACUUAUUGGUUUGUUGCACCGUUAGUGUGACCCUCGGCCUUUUGUGGCAGUUUGGCGGGCAGAGGAGGAGCUGAGCUCCGGGGUGGCUGAGGAGACAGCCCCUGUUUCCAAAGGUAUGCACGGAACGAGGCUGGAGUAGUUUUACGGGAGUAAAAUCCAUGAUUUAUGUACCGUGCGCUCACGUGAAGGAAGUCGCGAAAUUGGUGCCAGUACUAAACGUUGCUAAAAACAUCAUUUCUGUGCUCUGAAUGCCUAAGA